AUGCCGGCAUUAUCCCCCACGGGCGAUGGUCCCGAAGGGCUUGUUGGAGGCUACCAGGGAGAUAGCACGGCCGUCAAAGUGAUCAUGGGAGCGCUCAUGGCCAUUGUUCUCUACAAUGCAGCCGAGCUCAUCCUACUAAUCCUCAUGACCUUCCAUCACUAUCGUGGACUAUACUUCUGGUCUCUCACGUUAUCCACAGUCCUUGGACUAAUACCGGACGGAAUCGGAAAUAUUUUGCACUUCUUCAGCAUCGGGCCCUUAUGGCUGGCACUCACGAUCUCGACUGUCGGUUUUUACUUCUUGAUUCCUGCACAAUCGGUGGUUCUAUACUCGCGACUCCACUUGGUGUUGUACAACCAAAAAACUCUUCGAUUAGUGCUGUGCGCGAUCAUCUUCAGCAUCGUGUUCAUUGCGGUGCCAACCACCAUAACCACAUUCGGAUCUGCAUUCGUGCAGACCUAUCCCUGGAAUAGAGCCUAUACUAUUGUGGAACGAUUACAAGUGGUAUGGUUCUGCGUGCAAGAGUUUACCAUAUCCUCGCUAUACAUCCACGAGACAGUCAAGUUACUCCGACUCAAUCCGGAGCGAAACAUUCGCCGCAGAAGAAUCAUGUACGAACUAAUCGCGAUCAACAUCGUCAUCAUUUUGAUGGACGUUGCCAUAGUGUCCAUCGAGUUCCUCGGGCUCUACUACUUGCAGGUGCUUCUAAAAUGCACCAUUUACAGUAUUAAACUCAAGUUCGAGUUUGCUGUGCUUGGCAAGCUUACUGCUAUCGUUGAGUCGUCUCACUCAGAUUAUGUUAGCACUUCUAGUACCUACCGGCCAGCCUUGAUGAAUAUUAUGCAGCAACAGUCCCUUGGAUCGAGUCUGGCGCCCACGUCGACGAUUGGACUAUCACUUUACGGGACAAAGACUUCAAACGUGUCGCCUAUCUGA